AAAAUGUCUCCAUGUGCAGUGCUCGAGACGUACGAUAGCUUUGAACCCCUUUCACUCGCGCGUGUCUUCCAAAGCUGCAACUCGGCCACUCGCUUUCUACAGAACCUUCCGUGCUCGAACAGCUUCCACCCCCGUACAGAGUACGUCAUCCGAAAAGCCAUGGCUCCUCUCGAUGCUCCGUUCCAGGUGCUGGUGCACCCGUACCACGCGCCUGAACGAGGAACUUGCGCCUACGAGCUGGGAGACCCAUCGUCGAAGAACGCCAUCAUCUUCAUCGGCGGUCUCGGGGAUGGGCCUCACAGCACUCCCUACAUCCGGGUCGUUGCUAAGCAUCUUGAAGACGCGAGGGAGCUAGAUUAUUCAGUGUUCGAAAUUCGAUUGCGAAGCUCCUUCAUUGGCUACGGAACAUCGAGCCUAGAAGAAGACGUCGAGGGCAUCUCAGCUCUCGUCAAGUACCUACGAAGCAUUGGUAGGAAGAAGAUUGUGCUGUUUGGCCACUCGACUGGCUGCCAAGAUUGCAUGGAAUAUACAGACUAUGCCAGACACAACAACGAGCCAGUCGAUGGGUUUGUUCUCCAAGCCCCGGUCUCUGACAGAGAGGGCCUUGAGUCGGUCUACUCAGACUAUCAAGCAAGCAUCGACCUAGCCUCCCAGCGGAUCGCCGAGGGCAGAGCAAACGACUGCCUCCCAAGCGACAAGGUACCACCCAUGCUUGCGGUACCCAUGACGGCAUACAGACUGCAUUCGCUCUGCGCUAAAGGAGGAGAUGACGAUUACUUCUCUUCCGAUCUAGAUGCCGAAAAGGUUUCACGAUUCUGGGGGCGCUUCAAGGAGCCUGUUCUCGUUCUCCACUCUGGAAAGGACGAGUUCGUGCCCGGCCACAUCGACCAGGAGGCGCUCAACAAGAGAUAUCGCGAUACCAACCCGCUGGUGAGCUCGCUGUCAGGACUCAUCCCGGAGACAGGCCACACGGUCCUUGGGGAUGAAGCUCGGCAAUGGCUUGCACAGAGACUCACUGAGUUCCUACGCACCUUGGCUUAAAGUCUGAGGGUGGACGCUCUCGAACUUACGCGGGCGCCGAAGUAGCCUUGCAGUUCCUCAGGCGAUGUGACUACCAGGCCGUUGCGUAUGAAUCAAGGCAGUAACUGCGUAACUCCUAAACUGUAUCUGCCUCGAGGGAUGCAUACUUGCACAGGGGGGCUAAACAACAAUUAAAGCCAAACAACUUUGAUGUAAAAGGCUCUUGCAAUAACUCUUUAUUGGUCUUUAGCUAGUCCAGUCCUGUAUGUUCCCUUUCGUAGCUCACUUGAUAGCUGCUUGAAGCUCCCUUCCCCG